GCGGCCUCGAAUCCUGGUCCCGUGAGGUGUCCUUCGGGGUUGAAACUGCGGCCUUGGUGAAACGGGCUUGUUCCGUGAUGGCGAGUGGCGGCUCAAUAACGGCACUGUGGACGGAAGUGAAUCGUUGCGGCCAAACUGCGGAUUACAGCAGGGCUCUGAAGUCACUCAAUAAAAUCCUACACGAUGAUAAGGAUGAUGCCACUGCUCUACAUUGUAAAGUGGUCUGUUUGGUCCAUAAUGGAAAUUUUAAAGAAGCUCUUAAUAUAAUCCACACUCAUACGAAGGUGCUCACCAGUGAUGUGAUUGCCUUUGAGAAGGCUUACUGUGAAUAUAGACUGAACCGAAUAGAAACAGCAUUGAAGACUAUUGAAAAUAUAGACCAACAAACUGACAAGUUAAAGGAGCUUUAUGGACAAGUGUUGUAUAGAUUGGAACGCUAUGAAGACUGUUUAUCAGUUUAUCGUGAUUUAAUUCGGAACUCUCAAGAUGAAUACGAAGAGGAAAGGAAGACCAACCUUUCUGCUGUUGUGGCAGCUUUAAGUAUCUGGGAAAAUUCAUUUCCUGACGAUUUGGGUUUACCUGAAACUUCAUAUGAACUGUGUUACAAUGUGGCCUGCACCUUGAUUGGUGAGGGCAAGCUGCCUCAGGCCAUGAUUAAGCUUCAGAAAGCUGAAGAACUCUGUCGACAGUCUUAUUCAGAGGAUACUGAUAUAAGCGAUGAAGAGAUUGAUGCUGAACUGGCAAUAAUUCAUGCUCAGAUGGCUUAUGUUAUGCAACUCCAAGGGUGGAAUGAUGGCGCUUUGCAACUUUACAAUCAAGUGAUAAAGUUGAAGCCCUCUGAUGUUGGACUGCUUGCUGUAACUGCCAAUAAUAUCAUCACCCUCAACAAGGACCAGAAUGUGUUUGAUUCCAAGAAGAAAGUAAAAUUGACCAACACAGAAGGUGUGGAACAUAAACUCACUCAGAAACAGCUACAAAUUGUUGAAUUCAACAAGGCUUUGUUGGCUAUGCAUACAAAUCAGGCUGACCAGUGUCGAAAACUAACCUUAGGUUUGCAGAAGCAGAAUCCACAGACUCCACUGCCAGUAUUAAUUCAAGCAGCACAAUAUUGCCGUGAGAAACAACAUACCAAAGCUAUUCAGCUUCUGGAGGAAGUUUUGGAGCAGCAUCCAGAAAGUGCAGUUGAAAUUAAGAUGACAAUAGCACAAUUAUAUUUGGUCCAAGGUCACAUUACAAAAGCUUGCAACAUAUUAAGAUCAAUUGAUGAAAAGUUAAAUAAACCAGGAAUGGUUUCUGCGUUGGUUACCAUGUACAGCCAUGAGGAAGAUAUUGAUAGUGCAAUAGAGAUUUUUUGCCAGGCUAUCCAGUGGUACCAAGAACACCAGCCAAACACUCCAGCUCAUUUGUCACUAGUCAGAGAAGCAGCCAAUUUUAAGUUGAAGUACGGGCGGCAGAAGGAAGCAAUCAGUGAUUUGGAGCAACUUUGGAGGCAAAAUCCUGAGGAUGUUCGGACUUUGGCACAGCUCAUCUCUGCUUAUUCAUUGGUGAACCCAGAAAAAGCCAAGAAAUUGAGCAAGCACUUGCCAUCACCUGAUACUAUGUCUUUCAAAGUUGAUAUCGAUGCCUUAGAAAAUUCACAUGGUGCCACAUACAUAAGGAAAAAGGCUGCAAAGGUGGCAGGUGAAAACCAACUCAAAGAACGCGGACAAGGAGACAUAAAGAAAAAAAAGAAGAAAAAGAAAGGUAAGCUUCCCAAAAAUUAUGAUCCUAAAGUGCCUCCAGAUCCAGAACGAUGGCUUCCCAUGCGGGAACGUUCAUACUAUCGUGGAAGAAAGAAGGGGAAGAAGAAGGAACCAAUAGGGAAAGGUACUCAAGGAGCAACAUUGUCUACAGCAGCAGAACUUGAUGCUAGCAAGACUGUGAAUAGCCCACCCACAUCCCCACGACCUGGGAUAGCAGCAACAGUUGCAUCUUCAAGCAACAUUGUUCCACCUCGGCAACAGAAGCCUUCUGCUGCCUCCAAGAAAAAACAGCAACAAAAAAAGAAAAAGGGUGGGAAAGGGGGCUGGUGACACUCAGAUUAUGGAUUACCUAUUCUAUAUGCACAUAAGACUGUUAAAUCCUAAUCAAUGUAUUACACAUUGGAUGCUUUAAAAAUAAAGGAUUCGAUGUGAAGGUCA